AGGCAUCUAUCUGGAGGAGGCGUUGGGUAGUGUAAUGGUGUUCUGUGCCGAAACACUGCCAGUCUAGUAACGUGGGUCGUAGCAGUCACUACCUGGGGGUUCAACAAUCGCAGCGCCAGAUUUCUCUCUGCUCUCUGGUAUUAUCAUAGUGUAGUUGUUGGUAUUACACACACAGUAUUACUACUGUGUGAAACUCUAUGGCAGAUGACAAGUGGGUGUUGUACCGGGAUCGGCCCGAAUGGAAAGACGUGACGCCUGUCUCCCAAGACGACGGUGAGCGUCCGGUGGUGCGCAUCGCAUACUCGGAGCAGUUCCUCGAUAUAUUUGACUACUUCCGCGCCGUUUUGCGCUCCAACGAGCGCAGCGAGCGGGCACUGGAGCUGGUCACGGAUGCCGCCUCGGUGAACCCGUCCAACUACACGGUGUGGCACUAUCGCCGACUCCUGCUCAAGGAUCUGGCUGUAGACCUGGCUUCCGAGCUUGGCUACAUCCACGCUGUCAUCGAGGAGAACCCCAAGAACUAUCAGGUGUGGCACCACCGUCGCGUCGUGGUCGAGUGGCUCCAGGAUGGCUCUCGGGAGAAGGCCUUCACGGAGGCCAUCCUGAACAUGGACCCCAAGAACUACCACGCCUGGCAGCACCGCCAGUGGGCCGUGGCCGAGUUUGGGCUGUGGGACCGAGAGCUGGACUUCACCACGCAGCUGCUCAGCAACGACGUGCGCAACAACUCGGCCUGGAACCAGCGCUUCUUUGUCAUCAGCCACACGGUUGGCUUCACUGAGGAAGUUGUGGAGCGGGAGUGCGCCUACUCUAUGGAGUGCAUCCGCAAGGCACCACACAACGAGAGUCCCUGGAACUACUUGCGUGGUGUGAUUGACGCGGCCGGAGGCGGUGAACGACCAGAGGUGCAGGAGUUCUGCAAGAGCCUCUACAAAGGCAACUGCCGCGUAGCGUACUUGCUGGCCUUUAUGGUGGACUCUCUGGCUCAUCGUCUGGAGAGCGAGCCAAAGCUGUUAAAGCUCGCACUAGAGCUGUGUCACACACUGGCACAAGAGCAGGACGUCAUUCGAUGCGAAUACUGGAAUUUCGUGGCGCGUGACCUCGAAGCUCAAUGCAGACGUGUAGAGUGAAAGAUUUGGUUGGUUUUAUGUUUUGGGCAACUCGUUUGUCUUGGGGAGUUACACCGACAAAAAAGUGUGUAUGGUUGAAAAUGAAAUGAGCUGUUUCCGUCAAGGCUGAACAUCGAGGAUGGCUUUCGUACUGCAAUCACGAAACACACUUGACAACACAGCCUUAGAUACUGCAAACGGUGCCAAGCACUGUGCUUAAGAAGUUACUGUCACCAUCAUUAGUGCGGUAGGAUACAUUGCAUAGAAAUAGAACACACAAUAAAAGUCUAAUACAGGUCACAAAACAGGCAAAGCUUUACGAAUGCAACA